CGCCGUGGCGCUUCGCCCCACAGCCCCGCGCAGGAACCACUGGCGGCUGAGGGGCUGCCUAUCUCAGCAAAUGUUAGAACUGAAUAUGCUAAAAAAUACAGACAAGCUGAGGAACAAGAGCUGAAUGUAGCUGGACAUGAUCAACUUGUCUAUAAAACAGGUACUUCAUUGUCUCGGCGUGAAUCAAGUGAUUCAAGUUCUAUAUCAAUAAGUAAGUGUAAAUAUUUGGAUAUGCCUACAGCCAAACACAGGGAAAAGAUAGUGUCUCUGAUACAAAACAAUUCAGUUGUGAUUGUAGAAGGAGCGACUGGCAGUGGAAAGAGCACACAGAUUCCACAAUAUAUUUUGGAUUAUUGCAUGAACCAGUCUGUGCCCUGUAACAUUGCUGUUACCCAGCCUCGGAAAAUCGGUGCCAGCAGCCUUGCUCGGUGGAUUAGCAAGCAACGCUCAUGGACACUAGGUGGAUUUGUAGGAUACCAGUUAAGUUUAGAGAAUGUUUGGACAAAGGAGACGAGGUUGCUGUAUAUGACAACGGGAGUUCUUCUUCAGAAAAUAGUUUCUGCCAAGAGCCUAACUCAGUUCACGCACAUUUUCAUUGAUGAAGUGCACGAACGUACAGAAGAAAUUGAUUUCUUGCUCUUGGUGACCCGUAAACUGUUGUGUACAAAUUCACAGUCUGUAAAGAUAAUACUGAUGUCUGCUUCCAUCAACUCCAAAGAAUUAGCUGAUUACUUUGCACUUCCAGUUCAUAAUGGCUUGAGUCCAGUCUGUGUAUUUAAGGUGGAGGGCAGACCUUUUGCAGUUGAAGAAUAUUAUCUUGAUGAUUUGAAGGACAUUUUUGAUUUCCAGCUUCGUCCUCAGAGCAUUGGGGAACCAAGGAUAGAAAAGAAAAUGUAUCAAGUGGCAGUGUCUCUGAUUCAGUCAUUUGAUGAGUUGGAAAAGAGGAGCAAUAGGGAGAAAAAGAACUUGAGUGGUACAUUGGAACGUGGCAGUGUGCUUGUGUUUUUACCAGGUUUAGGUGAAAUAAGAUACAUGCACUCAUGCCUCUCAGAUAAAUAUAAAAGGUGGCAAGUGUACCCACUUCAUGCAUGUGCAACAUUGGAGGAACAAAGUAAAGUAUUUUCGGCUACAGUUCCUGGCUACAGAAAAGUUAUUCUAGCUACCAACAUAGCUGAGAGCUCUGUAACAGUUCCUGAUGUUAAGUAUGUGAUAGAUUUCUGCUUAACUAAAAUUUUGUUUUACGAUAAGGAAACUAAUUACCAAAGUUUGAGGCUUUGCUGGGCAUCUAAGACAAACUGUAAUCAAAGAAGAGGUCGUGCUGGACGUGUUUCCAAAGGCUUUUGUUACAGGCUCAUACGCAGGGACUUCUGGGCAGACUGUAUUCCAGAGAAGUCAGAACCUGAGAUGCUGCAUUGUUCAUUGGGAGCUACAGUAUUAAAAUUAAAGAAGCUUGGUAUAGGGGAACCAAAAGCCUUGCUGGCAACAGCUCUUUCUCCACCCAGUGUAGGUGACAUUGAACGUACAAUAGUUCAGCUAAAAGAGCUUGGAGCACUUACAACUUGCACGCAAACCAAAGAAAAUCUGCAUGAUGGUGAGCUGACUUUCUUAGGAAUGGUACUGACACAGUUGCCAGUGGAGCUGCAUCUUGGAAAAUUGAUAGUCCUUGGGCAUGUCUUCGGUUGCUUAGAGGAAUGCCUUAUUAUAGCUGCAGCAUUGUCUUCACGGAAUUUUUUUGCAGUACCUUUCAAAAAGCAUGUUGAUGCAUACAGGAAAAAAUUGUUUUUUGCUGGGAAUAGUAGGAGUGACUGUAUUGCAAUUCUGAAUGCAUUUAGGGCAUGGCAGGCCUGCAAAGAAAAAGGGAAGCUGAGAAAUCCCAUGGAAGAGCUUGAGUGGGGUCGUUCUAAUUGUGUUCAUAUAAACAAGAUCAAAGAGGUGGCAGAGUUAUUUCACAACUUGAAAAAGAGAGUCAGUGCCUUUAACAUGCAUGUUAAAGCCCAACCAUGUGCUGUGGACCAGGAAUAUUUGUGCAAACAACGCUUCAUCUUGCAGGUGGUAAUAGCUGGUGCUUUCUAUCCAAACUACUGUACUUUUGGAAAAUGUCAUGAAGAAAUUGCCAUGAAGGACCUUGCUGGCAAGGAUCCAAAAACCACUGUAAUGCUGAAGAACAUUCCUCCCUUUGGAUAUAUAUACCAUAAACAGUUGCAGUCACUGCUUAGACAGUGUGGGCAGGUAAAAUCUAUUUCCUACAAUGGAUCAAGGGCUUUUGUGGAGUUCUCCCGUAAUCCAAAGGAGGUGUUUAAGGUGCUUCCUGAAGUGUACCUGGCAGUCAAGAUGUCGCAGCUGAAGAUUCCUUUUGAGCUGUGUGUUCACUAUCCAGAGGAUAUCACAAGACAAGUGCAAGGUGCAGCAGCUGCAGGCUUGGAAUUUGUAAGAGUAAAUGUGGACUGUCAGAAGCAGACAGUGGAGCCUGUGGAAAUCUCAUUUGGUGGUUUACAAAUGUCAAAGAUGAUCCCAGGUCGUUACCUGUCCAUCAGGGUAACAGAGAUAGUAGAAGUUGGACACUUCUGGGGUUACAGGACAGAUGAAAAAAAUACAGCUGUACUCCAGGCUCUAAGUGCUGAAAUUGACUAUCAGAACCUGAUGGAUUUAGCAGUGCCUCCACGUGUAGAUGUGCUUUGUCUGGCACCAUUCACUUAUCUGGGAAAGAGAGGAUACUACAGAGCUCACGUUCUGUAUAUUCAUGGGGAUCUUGCUGAGGUUUUUUUUGUGGAUUAUGGCAAUAGAUCAGAAGUGCCUUUAAAUAAAUUAAAAGAGAUUCCAAGCUGUCUUCAGGGGCUUCCUUUCCAGGCUUUAGAGUUCAAGAUCUGCAAGAUGAGUCCCUCUGCCAGAUCGCUGGUGUGUGGGGAGCGGUGGAGCUGCAGCGCCAGCCAGAGAUUUUUCUCGCUGGUCAGCGGCUGCACUCUGCUCGUGGAGGUUUAUUCCCUCGUGCACGGGGUCCUGCACGUGGAUGUUUUCCGUCAUUCGGGCAGCAAAGGCCUGCUGAACAUUCGGGAUGUGCUCAUCGAGGAGUGUCACGCUGAGCUGGCAGAGGAGUCAUGCGAAUCACAACAAAGCCAUGAUUUGCUCAAGGAAUUAUUUUCGGAUGAAGCAAAGGAAAAAGAGCAAAUGCCUGUAUCUGCAAGACAGGAAGAAAAGCAUCUCAUUGAAAGAUUGUUGAACUGUUUUUCUGAAAAGAAAUCUGAUGCACCAACCCAUAAGGUAAAAGUUUUUGGUCCGUUCAGUCCUUAUCAGCUGAAAUGCUACAGUCUGACCAGAAUAUCCCAAUUCAGAAAUGUUUUCAUAAGUCACUGUAGUUCUGUGUUACAUCUUUUUGAGGUUUCAUUUUCAUUAAAUUCUCCUUGGAGUUGUGUGAUUUUUUUAAAUUUUUUUUUCCUUUUGGUGCCAGGGUGUCUGAUUUUAGGAGAAACGUCUUUGAUGCCUCCUAUUCAUGGCCUGCUUGCCCUCCUCAGUAUGCUCUUUGCUCCUGCAAUAGAACUCAGAGUUGAUAAAAGUGGGAAGUAUUUUACUGGUGUUCUUUGUGGUUUGGGUUGGAGUCAGACAUCUAGGACUCCACUGCUUCCAGCAAAUGAUAUGGAGGUGACAUUUGAUGUGCAUUUCGGAGUGGAAGACAUAAGAGAGAUAAACAGUCUGAGGACAGCCAUGAAUAAGCUGCUCUGUGAGCAAGCAGUGUAUUCUGGACAAGAGCAAGUGGCACAGCUGCAGGAGAAUAUUCGUCAGAAGCUCCUGUGUUUAAUCUGCAAAUCAAAGCCUCGAAACAUAAUUGAUCCUACCUGGUAUGAGAAUCCAUAUGCAUGGAAUCAGGUGGAUUCUCAGCGUAUUAUUGACGAGUCUGAAAAGCAGCAUGAAGGAGGAAAUUUUGUAUAUCAGCUUCACAAGCUUGUUUUGUUGAAUGAUUAAGUAUUUCUAGAAGUGUUUCAGAGAUGAGGUAUUAUUAGUCUAAAAAUUACUUCUGCCUUGUAUGCAUGUUUUGCAAGACUGUUCCUUAAGAUGAGUACAAGUGUACUGACAUACAGUUUGGAAAAUGUUCCUGUGUUUCUGAAAAAGUUGAUGUUUGCUGGCUUAGAGCAGACAAGUUUAGUCAUAAAAGAAACUGAUGUAAAUCAGGAUGCAAUUUUCAUUUUAGUAAUACUUCUGAACAGGUUUAUCACAAAGUAUAUGAAAGAUGAAGCAAAUCCAGGCUUAUUUGUUCAUAUUAAGGGGCAUGACUUCUUUUGUCUGUAAUUACAAGUUGCAUUUUCCUGUUUUCUUUUUUACUAGUUUAAAAAUGUAUGCAACAAAGGGGGUUGGGGUUUUCCUUAACCAAUAAAUAAAAGUCAGAAGAAACUGAUGAUCUAAAUGAUGUUCUGCUCCAAGCUAUAUCUUCAUAUACUGGAUACAGUUUUUUUGUUAAUUUUUUUGUACAGCAAAACAUAACAUGAUUUAUUUUCUUGUAUGACAGAAGAAUGCUUUUGAAUUACUGAUUCAUGGCACUUUGUUUCAUCCUUUCGUCUUAUUUUUACCUGGGAGAUCUUUAGCCCUAAAAAUGAGGUCAGUGGUUUCAGACUACAAUGCAGAAAUUAAAUAAAAUGUUUUUGUCUCUUC